AAAAAAUUUAGACAUUCAUGGUUGAACAAGAAGAGGUAGCGGUGCAAUAGAUUUCGUUUUAGGUUGUUUCACAGUUAACAAAAACAACCAACAGAAACAGCUAAAUGGAUAAAAUUGACUUUGAAAAAACUCGCUUCGAUUUCCUGGAAUCCAUCUCACAAGCUCUUGAUUGUGGGGACCUACCCAUAAUAAAGGGAUUGCUUACAACUAAUGACACCUCACAGAUUGGAGAAGCAGAUAAAAAAGCUAUCUGGGAUCAAGCUUUUCGAGAUAAAUUUUUGAAUGACUCUCCAUUUUCCAUACCGGUGUUUGAAAAACUUUUGCAGCUGAGCUUAGAUUGUGCUGUAGCUCUGAUAUGUUCUCCAACACUGCCUGUGAUCCUUCUCACAGAUGCCUUUGAUAUCCUCUCUCUGGGAAAAUGUGAAGAAAUCUUUUACAUGGUUGAGAUGAAAGUCUCAACUUGGAAGCAAGAGCUAUUCUUCAAUCAGUGCAAAAACACCUUACUGCGUCUUUGCAAUGAUUUGCUGAGACGCCUGUCCCGGAGCCAGAAUACAGUUUUCUGUGGUCGAAUUCUUCUAUUUCUCGCAAAGUUCUUCCCGUUCUCCGAACGAUCUGGACUAAACGUAGUCAGCGAAUUCAAUUUAGAUAAUUUAACGACAUUUGGAGGUAAAGAGGAUUUUUCUGAUGGAUCCGAUAUCCCAGAAAAAGAAAAAGAUGCUAUGGAAGUAGAGGAGAGUUUGGGCUCUGACUAUAAUCUAUACAAAAAAUUCUGGUCUCUACAAGAUUUCUUCAGAAAUCCCAAUCAGUGUUAUACGAAAAUCCCUUGGAAAACUUUCUGCCAGCACACCAAUGACGUUUUGUCAGCCUUUUCUACAAUCAAAUUGGAUGAGCGGCGGAAUCGUUCCAAAUGGGAUGAGGCAGAUGUGUCAGCAAAUGUCGGGAUAGAUGAAACCAGCACAAAUGGUGGGGACGUUCAACAAUAUUUCGCCAAAUAUUUGACGAGUCAGAAUUUAUUGGAGCUUCAGUUGGGCGACUCCAACUUCAGACGCUAUAUUCUGCUCCAGUUCCUGAUUAUUUUCCAAUAUCUUGAUUCGCCUGUGAAGUUUAAACAGGAAACACACAAAUUGAGUGAAGAACAAACUUCGUGGAUCACAGAGGCUACCGAUCAAGUUUACCGCUUGUUGAAAGAUACCCCUCCGGACGGAGCUUCGUUCGCACAGUCCAUCCGUCACAUACUGAAGCGCGAGGAAUUAUGGAGCAACUGGAAGAACGAUGGUUGUCCAGAAUUUCGGCCAAACAUCACCUCCAGCACGGAUGACAUUCCUAAUGACAGUAGCAAUGGCGAAAAAAAGACUGUCGCAGCAGCCCGACCUAGACGCUUGAAACGAAGCUUAGGUGAUCAGAUUCGAGAAGCUUCGAAAAGACAGAAAUGCAUCAUUGGAAAUGCCGAAAUGAAUCGUCUUUGGAAUUUGUGCCCCGAUAACAUGGCCGCCUGUCGUUCCAAAGACCGAGAUUUUCUACCAACUUUAGAUCAUUACUUUGAAGAAGCGAUCGAACAGCUUGAUCCUUCUGUGGAGAGUCAAUACAAGCGAGUUAAUGAGGCGAAUUUUGGGUGGCGUGCAUUACGACUUUUAGCACGAAGAAGUUUGCACUUUUUCACCCACGGCAACACUCCAAUUACACGGUUACCAGAUUAUUUGGAAACGCACGUUCGCAAGUUGGCCAAGGACAUUCAGCAGUCAGUGAAUGUGUUGCCCAAUGUUAAACCAGAACCAGUGGAUGAUGCUGGUGAUGUAGAGCAAAUGGAACCGGAAGCAGAUCCAGUAUCAAGUACAUCGGAAAUCGAAGGAGGGCCAGACGAAGCCAACGUAAAACCAGAUGAAGUAGAGGAAGCGGCUGAAGAAGAAAAUUCAGAAAAGAAACCUAUUCUUUGCACCAUGGAGCAACUGGUUCUCUUGGCUAAAGAAAUAGGAAUUAAAUGGAAACUUCUCGCCCCGAAACUUGGCUUUGGACCAGACGAGGUGGAGUAUUUUGAAAGUGAAACGAGCGAAGUGGAACUGCAAGCGAAGAAAAUGUUUCAGAUAUGGCUGGAGAAUGAAGCUGACGCCACUCCGGAAAACCUUCUGUACUCAUUAGAAGGCCUGGGCAUGCUGAAUAGUGCUCAGGGUAUUUUGUAAUAUUGUACUUCAUUUAUGUUGCGGCUUUGUUCACAGAAAAAAAAAUACACAAACAUUUUUACAAGAA